AUGAUUCUGGCAACAUUAAAGGGCGUUGGGAAGCAGCUCCUGCGGGUGAAGGUGGUGGACUGUAACACAGAGGAUUCCCGCCUGUCUCGAUGCCUCAACACGUUUGAUCUGGUUGCCCUUGGCGUCGGCAGUACGCUCGGUGCUGGAGUCUACGUCCUCGCUGGCGCCGUGGCCCGGGAAAACUCUGGACCUGCCAUCGUCCUCUCGUUCCUCAUCGCGGCCCUCGCCUCCGUCCUGGCCGGUCUGUGCUACGCCGAGUUUGGAGCCCGUGUCCCCAAAACUGGUUCGGCUUACCUCUACAGCUACGUGACGGUUGGAGAACUUUGGGCUUUUAUCACAGGCUGGAACCUCAUCCUCUCUUAUGUCAUUGGAACUUCAAGUGUGGCCAGGGCGUGGAGUGCAACCUUUGAUGAGUUGAUUGGCAAGCACAUCGAGGUCUUUUGCCGAAAUCACAUGACUAUGAAAGCUCCAGGCUACUUGGCUGAGUAUCCGGACAUAUUUGCGGUCUUAAUCAUAAUCAUUCUGACAGGACUGCUUGCAUUUGGAGUAAAGGAGUCAGCCAUGGUUAAUAAGGUGUUCACCUGCGUCAAUGUACUGGUGCUGCUGUUUGUCGUCAUCUCGGGCUUGGUCAAAGGAAACCUAAAGAACUGGAACUUGAACCCUGACGAAAUCCUCAAUGCCACCCGCAACUCUAGCUCCAAUUCAACUGAUUUCAUACCAUCAAAAGAAAAUCUUGGUAAAGGCGGCUUCAUGCCUUUUGGUAUAAGUGGAGUCCUCUCUGGUGCCGCCACCUGCUUUUAUGCCUUUGUAGGGUUUGAUUGCAUCGCCACGACAGGAGAGGAAGUGAAAAAUCCUCAGAGGGCCAUUCCUAUCGGGAUUGUGGCAUCACUCCUAAUUUGUUUUGUGGCAUACUUCGGUGUGUCCGGAGCCCUCACUAUGAUGAUGCCGUACUACCUGCUGGAUAAGAAUAGCCCCCUGCCAGUGGCCUUUACGUAUGUGGGCUGGGAGGGAGCCAAUUAUGCAGUUGCCAUUGGCUCUUUAUGUGCCCUGUCAACCAGUUUACUAGGCUCCAUGUUCCCAAUGCCCAGAGUGAUCUGGGCCAUGGCAGAAGAUGGCCUGCUCUUCAAAUGUUUGGCCUCAAUCAGCCCGCGAACCAAAACCCCCCUAACAGCUACUGUAACAUCAGGUGUUGUGGCAGCUGUGAUGGCUUUCCUGUUCGACUUGAAGGACCUGGUUGACCUCAUGUCCAUUGGCACUUUGCUGGCCUACACUCUGGUGGCUGCCUGUGUGUUGGUCCUCAGGUACCAGCCUGAACAGCCCAGUAACGCCUAUGAGAUGGCCAACACUCAGGAUGACCCUGAUAUGUCUGAGUCUUAUAACGAGGGGAGCAUUGACGUACUGGCACAAGCAGAGGAUCGCCUCACCAUCAGGAAUGUGCUCUACCCUUCGAACACAGAGCCGUCCAACACGUCAGGGUUCGCCGUCAACAUCUGCACCAGCGUACUAGGUAUUCUGGUCUUUGUUUUCAGCAUUGUUGCUGUUCAUGGAGGGCUGGCUGCCUGGUCAGUGUCUGUGCUCUGCAUCAUAGUGUUGGUCUGUAUCAUCGUCACCGUCGUGGUGUGGAGACAGCCGCAGAGCAAGACCAAGCUUGCCUUUAAGGUUCCCCUGCUGCCCAUUCUCCCAGUCAUGAGUAUGUUCAUCAACGUGUAUCUGAUGAUGCAGCUCGGCAGAGGAACCUGGAUGCGCUUUGCCAUCUGGAUGGUCUUAGGUUUCUUUAUCUACUUCGGCUAUGGUAUUCGCAACAGUGUAGAGGCAUCAAUGGCCAGGUCUGACGCCUACGCUCCAGCGUGCUCAAUAAAGGGAGCCCCCAUGGCCCCGGAGAAGGAAGCCUUUCUACACGAAAUACCAAACGACAUGGGAGACGACGAUGAAGAUUCAUGAGGAGACAGGAGGUUCACUAAGCCACCAUAUUUCUGUUCUGUUGAACUCUCUAAAAUAGCUGCAUUGGAAAUGCACGGAGACUUUUAUGCCUCCCUCCAGUCAGAGAGUUGAGUUGUUUCCUUGUUUCUGCCAACAUUUUUGAGUAAAGUAAAAGUAAAAGGGCUAGUUGGAAAUAAAGAUUAAAUAUAACUCCAUUCAUCUAAAAGAACAAUAUUUAAGUUUAGAGGAAAUGAUAUUUUUAUAUAUUUUGCACAAUUAAAUGUGUUAAAAAGCAGAGAACAAGUAGAUUUUUAAUGCACCUAUUGUACAUAGAUCUAUUUUUAACCCUAAUUGUGGUUCCUUAAUCCACAGUCAAUCAGAAAAAAAGCCCCUUAUUAUGUUUUACUUCUGUAAAAGCAUACUUGAACUUGACUUUUGACUUUUUUUUUCAUUUAUUUGACGGAUAUCUUUGCAAAUGUUUGGCCCUUGUCAUGCUGCAUUAAAAUACACAGUGCCUCUGUACCAGAGAAAAUUAGUUUUAUAUCCACAAUCCCUUAUUCCACACCUUUUUUAAAUUAAUUGCAUUUAUUUAGAUACAACCUUUUCAAACUCAGCUGAGAAUGUUACUGUAUCUUCAGUGCCUUUUUGUGUUGUUAGUUUCCCUCAAAGGUACACAUUUGUAUGCGUUGUUCUUGAGUAUAACAAGUACAACUCUGUUACUGGGAUGAACCAUGUAGAAAAAUGUGAGAAAUAAUGUGUAAUGGGGCUGUGAAUAUCCUGGUAUAAUACUUUGUGAUCAAUAUACCUCCAUGUCAGAUAGAUGGUUUCGUCAUGGCAGACUUUUACCAGAAAACAAAUACACCAGUGUGUGCUCCAUCAGGGAACUUUUUUAAUCAGCCAAAGAAAGAAAAGCUGCUAACGUCGUGAAGUGAUCUGUUAGAUACUUCAGGCGAUGUAUUUUAAGUGCCUAUUUCCCAAAUGAAUUUUAAACUAUUAAGGAGGUAUGAUAUUGCUCUUGUACCAGUUAGUGUGAAUUGCAUAAUGUUUGUAUAUAAUGUACUCUUUUUAAAAGCGUAUAUUUAUAAUAUAUAAGAGAAAUGUCACCUUAGUUUUCUAUUUUUAGUUAACAUACAUCAGAAUGGGAUGGAGUUUCCCAUAAUGAUCAGAAACACCAUACGUUACAGUGCUCCUCCAUCAGUUGUUAACCCACAGUGUCUCUCACAGUCGGACAUUAUUUAUUGAUUAUGGAGAGUAAAGCUGAUUGUAAGUGUGUGCAGAUUCCCACGGCAGCUAAAAUUGGAAAACAAAGCUUUAAAGUAUGUUUACUAAGGACUGAAAAUGCAACAAGGUGAACAGUAUUCUUAUUGAGUCCUUUUUUUAAAGUGAAAACUAUGAUUUGUUUUGCUAUUUAUGUUCCCUUGAGAGAAACUAAUGAUUUAACCAUGAGCCAAAUUCUGUUACAUUUAUUUGGAUAAUGAGUUAAAACAAUAUUGCAAUUAAUCUAUUUUGCAAUUUUUCAUCAAUGACAUUGAAAUAGUACUAAAUAGCUUUGUAAAUAAUUACUAUUAUGUCUCACGUUGAUUUUAAGAUAUUGAAGCAGCAUUGACGGAUACGAUUAUGAUGCAGAAAGUUACUGUUUUCCAUCCACAACUAGCCUUAUUUGAUACUGGGAGAUUUUGAAUUAGUGGGAUAUUAUCAAGUAUACAGUUUUUUAUUACAUUCAUAACAGUUAAUGUCUGUUUUUGUAAAUACUGUUUUGAUUUUGCUUAAAGUUACUGCCAAUGUUACAUGUUUUUCCUUGAACCUCUACAAUCUAUCGUUGAAAGCAUUGUGUAAAGUAAAAUGGUGACAAACUGUGCCAACAGCUGUUGACUAUAAAUAGAUUGAACAUGUUCGAUUGAAAGCACAAAUUGAGUCAAUAGGUUAUACCAUCAGCCUUAGUUUGUAAUGGAUGUAAACUUUUGCAUGUUGCACUGUUUCAAAACUGUUGUGAAGCUUGAAAAUCAAAAGGUAUAAAUGUGUUUACAGUGUAUCAGAGUGGUGAAGUCAGCUGUUCAGCAUGUGUUGUCUUUAAUUGGUUGGGGUUUAUAUAGUUGCUGCUGUAAAUAAAUACUGCUCGAGGUUAGAGCCACAGAC